GGCUGCCUCUUCCUGGAUGCCUGUUGGCCAUGUUUCCAGAGGAAGUGGACUCACAGACUGAAGACAGCGCUCUUCACGGUGGACGCGUCCGCUCCUUCAAACACGAGAGAGGCAACUGGGCCACCUAUGUUUAUUUGCCAUACCAUCCUGAGGAGGAGUUCAGGGAGCUGUUGGAGGAGCUCCUCUCAGCAGCAAGGGCCCAUGGUGUGCUUUUGACCCCGCAGGAGGAGUUCCACCUCAGCGUGUCUCAGACGGUGGUGCUGAGACACCACUGGAUCCAACCCUUCACACAGAGCCUCAGGGCAGGCCUGCUGCACUGCAAGAGGUUUGUGUGCUCAGCGGGAAGACUGAGGGUCUAUUGUAACGCUGAGAGAACGAGGACGUUUCUGGGCAUGGAAGUGUGUACCGGGCAUGCUCAGUUGUUGGAGCUGGUCCAAGCAGUGGACAGAACAAUGACAGAGUUUCGCCUGGACACUUUCUAUAAGGAUCCAUCUUUCCACGUGAGUCUGGCCUGGUGUGUGGGAGACGUGACAGAACAGAUGAAGGAGUGCAUUCAGGAGCUGCAGAGUCUGGUUGAUGACCAUGAAGAAGGACCAUUUCUGCUCAGGCUGGACUGCACGGAGCUGCGCUGCAGGACGGGAAACAAGACCUUCCGCUUCCCUCUUGAGCCCGAACAUUUGACAUAACCUAUACACUGACCACUGGACCUUCACAGCCGUGUCCCCCUGACCACCAUAAAUGAGCCGGAAACAUGAUCAAAUGAAGAGAAUGGAUUAAAUUGUAUGGUUAAAGCCAUACAGCUGUUAGUAAUGUGGCUAUAUGACACAUCCCAGCAAAGACAAUCAAAGCUCCCUAGCAAGAAUAAAAAUUUUAUUGUAUUUUUCUACAUUAUUGUAAUACUGUAUAUAAAUAAAGUUCCUACUAGUUUUGGGUUUGCAUUGGACGGUA